UCCACCCGAAAGAACAAUUCGGCCCGCGUCCUACUGCUGUUUCCUUGCGCGGAUCGUACAUAACCAACGCGAUCAACCCCCAACGAUACCUAUCCAAAGGUCUACCUCUUCGGACCUGGUAGUCUACCGGUGAAGCGCGUGGACCCGUGUGGUAUCGCCAGCGCAGAAGUCGAGUGCGCUUCCUUCGGAGCAACGGUUGCACUGCGACAGCUUUCUACCGAUGCCAAAAGAUCCAAUGUCGUCAUCGCUGCUGCUGCCACUGCUCUUCAUAGGCUGUUUAUCGUUCUACGGUCAGUGUGCUACCAUAUCGAUCACUCCAGGAGGCACCGCUUUUCAGGAUGCCCUCGAUGUGGUCAACCCUGGUGACGUCAUUGAACUCGGGAAUGGAGAUUACUGGGAAGAUCUCAAGACACGGACCGAUGGGACGGUCGACAUGCCAAUCACUAUCCGCGGGGCUGGAGGGACAGACGACAGAGAAAACGUUGUUCUGCGUGGCGCUGGCACUAGCACCAGGGUGUUAGAAAUCAAGCACGACUACUACAUCGUCGAGGACUUCACGGUAAACGGAGAUGCGGAAGAUGAUCCAGACCGCGAUGCGGAUUCCGAUUCGCCCGAGGAUAUGUGGCGCGACGUACUCAUCUACGCCGUCGCCAACCGGGAGCCCACCGAAAGGGAUGGGGGAUAUGUUUCUGCGAUAGACGGCCUUGUGAUUCGCAACAUGGCGGUUACCAACGCCGGUGGCGAGUGCAUCCGCUUGCGCGACCACGUGACGUACGCCGAGGUGUACAGCAACCACAUCACCGACUGCGGCAUCUUCGACUUCAGGGAAGACGGCGACGGCAAGAACGGAGAAGGUGUAUAUGUCGGAACCUCGAGCAGUCAGUGGGACAAUGAUAACAACUGGGAUGACGUACCAGACGCGUGCAUGGGCAACAUCAUCCGUGACAACUACAUCAGGACUAGGGGUAAUGAAGGUAUUGACGUGAAAGAAGGAAGCGUUGACACCCUCAUCGAGUACAACGAGGUGUACAUGCAAUACGACGACGACUCCGGAGGCAUCGGAAGCCGUGGUGACCGGAGCAUCAUCCGCUACAACCACAUCGAAGACACGGACGGCGCGGGUGUCCGUCUAGGAGGCCACACCGUCGACAGUACCGAAUACGGCAAAAAUAACCAGGUUUACGGAAACACCAUGGUCGACUGCCGGCACUCCGCCGUAAAGGUCAUGGUCGACCCCCAGGGUCAGAUCUGCGACAACGACGUCACACUUCCUGAUGACAUUGAUGAGGACGACUACGAGUACUCCGGAGGAGACUUCUACUACGAUCCGUUGAAACCUUGUGACUCUUCACCCACGCCGGAGCCCGGGCCAACCCCUACACCGGUGACACCAUCACCGGAGACAACACCCGAGCCAACGACCGAGCCGCCAACGACCGAGCCGCCAACGACCGAGCCGCCGACGACCGAGCCGCCGACGACCGAGUCGCCAACGACCGAGCCGCCAACGACCGAGCCGCCAACGACCGAGCCGCCAACGACCGAGCCGCCAACGACCGAGCCGCCAACGACCGAGCCUCCAACGCCCGAGCCAACGACCGAGGCCACCCCUGAAACCCGUGGUACGUGCAGCGACGGUAUUGAGGGCAUCGACGGCAACGGCGUCGUCUGCUGCCCCCUUGGCUGUGGCCAAUGCGCGGGUUCGGGGUGCAGCAUUGCUGGCGCUGCGAAUGGUCUUACCUCUAGUUCAUGCUGUGGAGGAGGGAUCAAGAGUAGCGGCAACUACUGUGACGACACCGGGGUAGCCCCAUGCAUCUACGGCAGCGCUCCCGAUACUGACGAUGAUGACGAUGAUGACGAUGACGAUGAUAUUGGCACGUGCAGCGACGGCAUUGAGGGCAUCGACGGCAACGGCGUCGUCUGCUGCCCCCUCGGCUGUGGCCAAUGCGCGGGUUCGGGGUGCAGCAUUGCUGGCGCUGCGAAUGGUCUUACCUCUAGUUCAUGCUGCGGAGGAGGGAUCAAGAGUAGCGGCAACUACUGUGACGACACCGGCGUGGCCCCAUGCAUCUACGGCAGCGCCCCCAACGCUGACGAUGAUGACGACGGUAGCGAUGAGGGUGAUGAUGAUAGUGAGGAAGACGAUGAUGAAGAUGAUGUUGGCACGUGCAGCGACGGCAUCGAGGGCAUCGACGGCAACGGCGUCGUCUGCUGCCCCCUCGGCUGUGGUCAGUGCGCGGGUUCGGGGUGCGGGGCUGCUGGCGCUGCGAAUGGUCUUACCUCUAGUUCAUGCUGCGGAGGAGGGAUCAAGAGUAGCGGCAACUACUGUGACGACACCGGCGUGGCCCCAUGCAUCUACGGCAGCGCCCCCAACGCUGACGAUGAUGACGACGGUGACGAUGAGGGUGAUGAUGAUAGUGAUGAAGACGAUGAUGACGCGACUACGUGCAGCAACGACCUCGAGGGCAUCGACCACAAGGGCGAGGUCUGUUGUCCACUUGGGUGUGGCCAGUGCGGAGGUUCGGGAUGCAGCACUUCUGGCGCUUCAAACGGUCUUGGCGCAGAGUCUUGCUGCUCAUCGGAGGUGAAAGAUAGCGGCAGGUACUGUGACGACGCGAACGAGGCCCCGUGUAUCAUUUAAGGCGACGACGACGAUGACGACGACGCUGCUUCAGGCGCGGCGUGAAUCGGACAUUUUAACGUCAAAUGCCAGAUUUCUCGUCACCAACAACCCUGUCUCUCACGGAGCGAAUGUGUGCACAAGUUUUGCCAAUGGACUCUGGGGUGCGGUGGCGUUUUCCAUCAGCAAAGGGAUCGUGCUGGUGGGCGGUUCGGUGUGUUCCCAUCAAUCGGGGGGCAAGCAUUCUCCCGAAUGUAAUUGUUUUUUGGUGUUAUAGUGUCUCGUGGAAUCAUCAGUGUAAUACUAUGACUUUGGAAGGAAGCGUUUUGUGGUAUUCAUCAUGUUCUUUUGCCACACAAUGCUCAUGAGAACUGUUGUUGCAUCAUAACUACAGUUCGAUUAUUGUAUGAAGUAUUUUGUGGAAGCCAGGAUAUUCGUAUCUUCUGUUACGUGCACAUACAUGCGAAGGGAGUAAAAAACCUUCGACAGACAAUAAUUCAUCGCUCUACUCUGGAUCUUUACUCUGUGGGUUAUUUGCUCCGACAGGAGUCGGGGUGGACCUUUAUGGUUGGGACCG